AUGGACCUAAGAAGGAAGCUGAGAAAAUCAAGGGCACGAACCGAGGACUGCGCCUCAAGUGUCGAAGAGUACAGGGUCUUGAAGAGAAAUCUCAAGAUUGAAAUCAAGAAGAGUAAAGAGAACAGCUGGCAAGAACUAUGCAACCAGGUAGAAACCGACCGCUGGGGCGCUCCGUAUAAACUGGUUACAAAGAGACUAGUUGGACGGAGACCCAUAACAGGGAUAACAAUACCUGGACGGCUAGAACACAUAGUGAAUGACCUAUUCCCAAUGCACCAGCCACCGAUCUGGUCAGUUACGGGACUGUUAGGGGAUUUCCCGGAAAUAACUUUUACAGAACUAGCGGAAAUUGAUAAACGGACAGGAAACUACUUUAGCACCACGUUUUACUCCUCAACCCAAAACAGGAAAUCACUAUCCAAAAAUGGUCGAAAGAAAUGA